AUGGCAGCCCGAAAGUGUCUCGCCGUCUUUGGCGGCAAUGGAUUUCUAGGAAGCAAAAUAUGCCAAGCUGCUACACAAAGGAAUUGGAAAGUCAUCUCCCUUUCCCGCUCAGGAGAACCGGACUGGCAGACAUCUAGCAAAUCAGGCCGUCGCCCAGAAUGGGCUGAAAAUGUGACCUGGGUCUCAGCCGACAUUUUUGAGCCUGCGACAUAUAAGCCUCAUCUGGCAGAUGCAGAUGCAGUGGUGCAUAGUAUGGGAUUAUUGUUGGAGGCGGACUAUAAGGAUGUGCUGAGGGGGAAGGAGAAUCCGAUUUCGGGGCUGAGGAAGGCGUUUGGGACCACGGGGAGUGCAUGGCCGAAGAGUAAGAAUCCAUUGGAGAAGGUGCCCGGUGAGGAGACAGCAGGAACUGGAGAGGGCGGUAGCGACACUGGAGGCAGACAGUUGACCUAUGAGAAGCUAAAUCGGGACUCAGCUUUGAUUGCUGCUAAGCAGUUCGUCGAGUCGUCUUCGGCACCAAAGAAGACCUUUUUAUACAUAUCUGCUGCUGCUGGGUUCCCAGUCCUUCCACAGAGAUAUAUUUCAACAAAAAGGGAGGCUGAGGACCUCCUAUCUCAAGUUCCGGACUUCAGAUCGAUAUUCUUUAGACCAGGCUUCAUGUGCUCCAGCGAGAGGCCAUUUACGGUGCCAAUGAGCUAUUUGACAAGGGUUUCCUCAACAAUGAAUAGCCUUACUGGCAGCAUCUUUUCGGGAUUGCUAGGUGCAGCAGGUUCAGCCCCUCUUGAUGUCGAGAAAGUCGGAGUAGCGGUUGUUCAUGCGAUUGAAGACGAGUCGACUACGGGGCCAGUGGAGGUACAGCAAAUUGACAAGUUGGGAUCGAGGGUUUUGGUAUUUUAA